AUGCCCACAAAACCACAACCAAUCUCAACCCCAAACCCACCCCCAAAUCCAAAUCCACCGAACCCAAUCGACCUCCUCUGGGCCCACGAACUCCGCCGCGAAAACGUCGAGCUCGCCACCCGCCUGAAAGCCACAACCACCCGCCUCGCCGCCGCGGAGUCCGCGGUCGACACCCUAUCCGCGCAGCUACGGGACCUCGAUGCCCAGAUUCAGCGAUGCUGUGGCCGGAAUGAGGAGCUUGCUUCUCGGGUUGACGGGAUUGAGGGACGGGUUUUGGAGAAGAUCGAGAAUAUUGGGCUCAGGGUUGAGGGUUUAGAAUGUCGGUUUUUGGAGGGGGUCGUGGUUGGGAGUAGAUUGGGGGCUGCUGGUGGUAAGGGUCCAGGGGCUGGUCUGGGUGGUGAUUGUGUGGUUCAAGGUCCUGGGGAUGAGGGUCCUGCGGUUGAGGAGGUCUUGGUGCCAGAUUCCAUGCCUGUUGCUUCUUCAGUGGGUUUGAGGGUGGAUUUGGAUGAGGUCAUGGGUAAAGGUACGGGCGUUGGUAUCAGCACCGGCAUGGGCAUGGGGAAGGGGGGUGGGUUGUCUUUGACCGGGUCGUCAACAACGUCUUUCACGGGGAGGACGGUUGGGAGUCAGAGUGGGAGUUCGACUAAUAGAGGGGAGGGAGACGGAUGGAAUGCAGGGUCGGUUGAGUUUGGUGGUGAGGAAGUACCCACGGGGAAUGGGACCAUUGAUCUCUUUGGGCUUCUGAGGCAGGGCCGCUUGAUGCCGCUGGAGGAGUAUCUGGGUGCGGCGGAGGGCGUGCGACGGCUGCUAUUGCUUGCGGAGGAUGAUCGCGGGUUUAUGGAGGCUUUCGUGCGCGGGUUGCGUGAUGGUGGCUUGAGGGUUGCGGUCGAGAAGGAGAUGGGGAUGAUUGGGUGGUCGUGGGAGCGCUUGCAGGAGGUUGUUCUGCGGUGGGAUGCAGAGCAUGCUGAUGCUCCCUGUGGCGCUGGAUGCAGGAGAGCGAGCCAGAUCUCUGGAGACUGGGCCGAUGGCCAUGAAUCCAAGCGCAGGAGGAAGAGGGCGAGACGCUUCAUACCUAUUGUUCCGGCUGAUGAGGAAGAUGUCCUCAUUGCGAGGGCGAUGAUGAUGGGCCGAUGA